AUGGUUAAAUCUGCUGUCUUAGGUUUCCCAAGAAUCGGUCCAAACAGAGAACUGAAAAAGGUUACUGAAUCCUACUGGAAUGGUAAGGUUACCGUUGAUGAUUUAUUUAAAGUCGGUAAAGAAUUAAGAGCUCAAAACUGGAAAUUACAAAAAGAUGCUGGUGUCGAUAUCAUCCCAUCCAACGAUUUCUCCUACUACGAUCAUGUCUUGGAUUUAUCCCUAUUAUUCAACGUUAUCCCAGAUCGUUACACCAAAUAUCAAUUGUCUCCAAUUGACACUCUAUUCGCCAUGGGUAGAGGUUUACAAAGAAAGGCUACUGAAACUGAAAAGGCUGUCGAUGUCACCGCUUUAGAAAUGGUUAAAUGGUUCGAUUCUAACUACCAUUAUGUUAGACCAACUUUCUCUCACUCCACUCAAUUCAAAUUGAACGGUCAAAAACCUGUUGAUGAAUUCUUAGAAGCUAAAGAAUUAGGUAUCCAAACUAGACCUGUCUUAGUUGGUCCAGUUUCCUUCUUAUACUUGGGUAAAGCUGACAAGGAUUCCUUAGAUUUGGAACCAUUAUCCCUAUUGGAAAAAUUAUUACCUUUAUACGUAGAAAUCUUACAAAAAUUAGCUGCUGCUGGUGCCACUGAAGUUCAAUUAGAUGAACCAACUUUAGUCUUGGAUUUACCAAAGGAAGUUCAAGCUGCUGUUAAGACUGCUUACACUUUCUUAGGUAACCAAGCUGGUUUACCAAAGAUCACUUUGGCUACUUACUUCGGUACUGUCGUUCCAAACUUAGAUGCAUUGAAAGAAUUACCAAUUGCUGGUUUCCAUUUCGAUUUCAUCAGAGCUGCUGAACAAUUUGACGACGUUGCCUCUAUCAUUGGUGCUAACCAAACUUUAUCUGUCGGUAUCGUUGACGGUAGAAACAUUUGGAAGAACGAUUUCGCUAAAUCUUCUGAAUUCGUCCAAAAGGCUAUUUCUAAAUUAGGUGCUGAAAGAGUUAUCGUUGCUACUUCCUCUUCUUUAUUACACACUCCAGUUGAUUUAAAUAAUGAAAAUAAAUUGAACGCUGAAUUAAAAAACUACUUUUCAUUCGCUACUCAAAAAUUAGAAGAAGUUGUUGUCAUCGCUAAGAACGUUUCCGGUCAAGAUGUCUCUGCUGCUUUGGAAGCUAACGCUAAAUCUGUCGCUGCUAAGGCUUCUUCUACUUUUAUUAACGAUCCAGCUGUUCAACAAAGAGUCGCUUCCAUUGAUAAGAAGAUGUCCACUAGAGCUGCUCCAUUCGGUGAAAGAUUAGCUGAACAAGAAAAGGCUUUCAAUUUACCAUUGUUCCCAACUACCACAAUUGGUUCAUUCCCACAAACUAAAGAUAUCAGAAUUAAUAGAAACAAAUUCACUAAAGGUACUAUCUCCGCUGAAGAAUACGAACAGUUCAUUAACUCUGAAAUCGAAAAGGUCAUUAGAUUCCAAGAAGAAAUCGAUUUAGAUGUCUUAGUUCAUGGUGAACCAGAAAGAAACGAUAUGGUUCAAUAUUUCGGUGAACAAUUGAAAGGUUACGCCUUCACCACUAACGGUUGGGUUCAAUCUUAUGGUUCUAGAUACGUUAGACCACCUAUCAUUGUCGGUGAUUUAUCUAGACCAAAGGCUAUGUCUGUUAAGGAAUCUGUCUAUGCUCAAUCUUUAACUAAGAAGUUGGUCAAGGGUAUGUUAACUGGUCCAAUCACUUGUUUGAGAUGGUCAUUCCCAAGAGUUGAUGUCGAUCAAAAGACUCAAGCUUUACAAUUAGCUUUAGCUUUAAGAGAUGAAGUUAAUGAUUUGGAAGCUGCUGGUAUUAGAGUUAUUCAAGUUGAUGAACCUGCUAUUAGAGAAGGUUUACCAUUAAGAGCUGGUGCUGAAAGAUCCGACUACCAACAAUGGGCUGCUGAAGCUUUCAGAGUUGCUACUUCCGGUGUUGCUAACAAAACUCAAAUUCAUUCUCAUUUCUGUUACUCUGAUUUGGAUCCAAACCAUAUUAAGGCUCUAGAUGCUGACGUUGUCUCCAUUGAAUUCUCAAAGAAGGAUGACGCUAACUACAUUGCUGAAUUCAAAGAUUAUCCAAACCACAUUGGUCUAGGUUUAUUUGAUAUCCAUUCUCCAAGAGUUCCAUCUAAGGAAGAAUUCAUCACCAAGAUUGAAACUAUUUUGAAGACUUAUCCAGCUGAAAAAUUCUGGGUCAACCCAGAUUGUGGUUUGAAAACCAGAGGCUGGGAAGAAACUAGAUUAUCCUUGACUAACAUGGUUAAUGCUGCUAAGUAUUUCCGUGAACAAUACAAGAAAUAA